GGUUCAAAUGGGCCUAAUUGAACUGGGUUGAGGUGGGCCUUCUUUUGGAAUAGCAUAAUUACAUUGUUCAUGUCUUGGGACAAAACUGUGCUUUUGCAACAAUGGCGACGCCACCGGCCACCGCCACCACCAUUCCCCCCAGAGAUAGACCAACUAAACCGCAGCCCAAGAAGCAAUACAAGCAGGAUGACUCCAACCGACACUGUUCCAUCUUCCAAGUCUCCUCUGACUUCUUCGAUUCCUGCCGCCUUCUCGACUCGCCUUUGUCUUCGCUCCCGCUCCCGGAUGCUGACCUUUCCCAGGAAAACGCUCUACGGCAACCAAAUUUGGAAAAGGAGAUUAUCGACAAUAGUAAUAAUGAUACGGAUGGUAAUGGUUCUAAAGCGAUGCAGAGGUGGUCUUGCAACACUUGUAAGGCGGAAUUCGAGUCUCUCCAAGACCAGCGCUUUCACUUCAAAUCCGACCUCCAUCGUUUUAAUAUAAAGCUAAGCAUUGCUGGAAAAAACAUUAUUAAAGAGGAAGACUUUGAUGAAGCAACCUCCGAUUCAUUGUGUAAAGACUACGAUGUAUCAAGUAUUUCUGGAUCAGAAGAUGAGGAUGAGAGAGAGACUAGCCUCCCUCCUGACAGGCAACAAGAAUCUGGUGGAGUUUCAAAGAGUAAAAUGUUUGUACAACUGCAGAAUGGGGAGAGAGUUUCAAUUUGGAAGGGUUUGCUACUUGAUGAGUCUGAACAUGUUUCAUUUGAAACUGACAAGUCACUUGUUGUGGACGGGGCUGGGGAUACAUAUUUGACCCAAAGAGAAGUGAUCGAAAAACUGAAAUACGUACUUCAUGAACCUAGAGAUAACACCUGCUUGAGGAUUGUUUUACUUGCAAGGGGUGGGCAUUUUGCUGGGUGCGUCUUUGAUGGCAAUUCCCUCGUGGCUCAUAAGACUUUCCACCGAUAUGUUGUUAGGGCCAGGGCUGGUAAAAAGCAGUCAUCAAAAGAUGCAGGUGGCCGGGCUAUUCAUUCUGCUGGUGCUUCACUUCGUCGAUAUAAUGAAUAUGCUCUUAAGAAGGACAUUCAAGAAUUGCUUACUUUAUGGAAGCCGUAUUUUGCUGUUGCCUCCUGCAUUUUCAUUUAUGCUCCUUCAAAUAACCGCCUACUCUUUUUUGAUGGAGAUAAACCUUAUUUUAUCUGUCAAGAUCAUGCAAUUAGAAAUAUUCCAUUGACUGUUAGGAGGCCUACCUUUAAGGAAGCUAGCCGAAUAUAUAGCUUACUGGUACAAAUUUCCUAUGAGGUAAGUGGGGAAAUAGCUCCUAAUACAAAACAGGAACCUUUAUCACAUGCAAAUGCCAGAAGUGAGAGCGGUCCUGAAUCCUGUGAGAUGGAGUUGAGAGAAAGUGUGGAGGGUGCGAAAACCAGUGAGGCUUGUUCUAUUGUGACUGAAAUUGCUGAUUUAUCUUUGUCAGUCGAGAGCAAAGAGCAGAUUGAUACUGUUGGCACAUCAACUCCUUUACAUGAAGCGGCAAAGUCCGGGAAUGCACAAAAAGUUUUGGAACUCCUGGAGCAGGGUCUAGAUCCUUGCAUUAAAGAUGAGAGGGGCCAAACACCUUAUAUGCUUGCCAGUGAGAAGGAGGUGAGGAAUACUUUUAGACGCUUCAUGGCAUCAAACCUUGAGAAAUGGGAUUGGCAUGCUGCUAAGGUGCCUAGUGCCCUCACAAAAGAGAUGGAGGAAUCUCAAGCUGCUAAGCAGGCAGAGAAAGAUGCCAAGAAAAAAGCAAGAGCAAAAGAGUUGAAGAAACUACGGAAAGCAAAAGAGAAAAAGGCCCAGGCAGAAGCUGUUCAAUCCCAGAAUGGUUCAUUUAUGUCGGGUAAUUCUGGAAGUGGUACAGCCCCCACUACUAAAGUUCAUUCUCAGUCUAGCAGUUCCAUAAGAAUGUCCAAAGAGGAGGAACUCAAAAGAAUUCAAGAUUCUGAAAGGGAAAAGAGAGCUGCUGCCGCUGAGAGACGAAUAGCAGCACUAAAAGCUCAAGAAACUGGAUCACUUACAGCUCCAAGCAAUACGCAGUUAAAUAAUACAAGUGGAAGUGAUAUGUUAUGCUCGUGCUGCAAUGCGUCACUGGCUGGUAAAGUACCGUUUCAUCGAUACCACUACAAAUACUGCAGCACUUCGUGCAUGCAUGUGCAUAGGGAGAUCCUUGAGGACGGAUGAGAUCCUUGUUUUUUCUUCAUCCAAUUCGUUUCCACCAUUGUCUUUUUCCUGCUGUACCAACGAAAGAUGUGUUGAUACUUAAUUCUUUACUGCAUCUCUCUGUGUCUAAUAUUAUUAACAUAACCUGUUUGUCCUGCACGGAGCCUCACCAGAAGCAAAUAUGAUCAAAUUUAUUUUUGCUGUUGUAA